UUUACCAAAAUCCUUAAGGGAACACAACUUUUCGAUUUAUAGCAUGGAGAAAAUUUUCUACUAUAUCCAUGUUGCUUGCCUUCUUUCAUCUCUUCUGUGGAACGUCAAGGGCGCGUAUUAUUUAAAACCGACAGGUCGAUUUGAGAUUACAGAGAUACCCUUACCAUCGUCAGUUAUUGAACAAAUAAACGGAACCAACGUGUCAGUCACACCCAACCCAGGCCAAAUAAAUGCCACUGGUGUUCGUAUCGUUACAGUGACAAGAAUUUCAAAUACAUCUCAAGUACCAAAACCAGCUGGAUCACAGCAACCAUGCCCAACUACACCCGUGUGUUCUUGUCCAUGUCAAAAACCUCCAAUGAGUGGUAAACCACCGAGUCUUCAACCCCUUCCCCCCAAAAAUGAUAGCAUUAACACUUGGUGCACCUCAGUGUGUAUUUGCCUUUGUAUCGGUGGUUCUCCUGUGCCCAUCCAGCCUCCCACUGAAUCUACAAGUAAAGCGAACGUGGCUACUCUUAACCUGGUGGUCACCAGUCCCUUGUCAAACCGGAUAACUACAGCAGUACCUUCCAGCACUCCAACGAUCAUAAAUAAGUCCAGAUCAACCUCCAUUACCUGCCCUGAAACUGCAGUUUGUUCCACUUCCGAAACUCACCUAAGCUCGUCCAGAACAAGUCAAAGUAGACUCAGUGUGACACUCAGUCCAACCCUCACACAACCGAUGCUCCCUGUUCACAAAGGCUCCCAAGAAAACUAAAAGUCACCAAUGUGCUCCUUAAAAGUUGAUGAAACCAAGGUUAUGGAGGCAGAUGAUAGAGACAAGAUGCUUUUUUCAAGCUGUAAAAUAAUUUAGUUUUCCUAUCGAUUACCAAUUCAAGGAUAAAUACUUAAAAUGAAACACUAUAAUUGUAAAAAAGGUGCAUCACACUAGCAGAAACAUACUGUUAAUUAAUUUUCACUGGUAUCCAAAGGCACUCAGUGUAAGUUUUUAUCAUUGUAUGAUUUGUUAAGGUGUUUAAUUAAACGUGCAUUUGGGAAGGAAGUACAUGUACGCUAAAAAAAGUGAAUAAAAAAUAACAGAACUGAGAAUCCUAACUUGUAUUAAACAACGUAGCAUACUUGUAUAUUUAAGUAUCUAUGGUAAGUCAAAACAGUGGACAUACAGGUAAUCGUUCAAGGAAGGUAUCAUGUGAGUGCAUGUUCAUUAAAUUUCAUUGCUCCAACCGAGAGGAAUAUAUCUGCACUUUGGAUGAGUUUUCAAGACUUUAAUCUAUACCGCCUGGAAGCAGAUAAUAGAGUUUACAUUACAUAAAGCUUCAAAAAGGUUU